GUAAAGAUGUUCACUUGAUAAGGAAACAAGAAGAAGUAUUACAAGAAUCUCUUAUGAUGAUACCAGAUUGUCAAAGACGUUUACUCAAAGCUUUUGAAGAUUUGAAAAAAAUGAUUGAUGCUGAAGAAAACUUUGAUGACACUGAAGCAUUUUUUGAAGCUAAAAAUGUUUUAAAGGAAGCAGAAAUUCAGAUUAAUAAAGAUGCAUGUAUUAUUUGAAACAGUUUAGCCUUAAAACGUUCUCAAAUAUAAAAAACUAUUAUAUCAUCCUCAACUUUAUGGUAAAUAAUUUAAAAUGCUUUCAGACGAGUUUGAAAUUAAAAAUCAAUUGGAGGCAUUAAAUUCAACAUUAGAAUUAUGUUUUCCAACUAUAUCAAAAAAAAAAAAAGAUGCUCUUACUUUUAGUGAAUUAUUGUCUAAUAAUAAAAAUUGUUUUCAAACCGAAAAAAAAAAAUUUUUUGUUUCAAACAAAAAUGACGUAAUCUACUUAUGUAGUAAAAACCAUCAAUUGAAAAACAUAUCUUCCAAGCUAAAUAAUUUCUCGAUGUAUCGGGAGUGGAAAAAACAAAAAGUUGUUGUGGAAAAUUUGAGACAUGACAUUAAUGUUUUAUUCAAUAUAUCAAGACAAAAUAAAGUAAAACAUCAGAUAAAUAAUUUGAAGUACCAGCGCAACAUUAUGAAAACGAAGAAAAAUAGAAGUUUUCAUGCUUGUUUGCUGAUGAGAAGUUAUAACAAUAAUAAGAAAGUUAGUUCUACUAUCAAAAUUGAUCAUUGGUUAAAGAAAAAAGAAAACGAAAUUAAUACCGAAAAAGCUGCAGAAGUUAUUCGUAAGAACGCUGAUAUGAUUCUUUUUGAUGUAAGAACCAAACGCACAGGCACUAAAAAGUUUUUAUCCCUUUUACACGAAUUAAGAAAUUUGAGAAAAAUCAAACGUACGCAUAUGGAAUUACAAGAAAAUAUAACUAUCGAUAGAGCUGAGAAAGUUUUUAACUCUAUAAUUG